AGAAGAAGCUAUCAUCACCAGAUUCACCACACAGAAAAGGGUGGUAAAAUAUAUACAUGAAACGAUUCAGCUCCAUCGUCUCAGGUUUUUCUGGAAGAGUUUUUGGAGGUUCUUAUAGCCACAAAGAAAUUACAAAGACAUUUGGGGUGCUUCCUAUCUUAGUCAAGUUUUGAUUCAUCAUGGAGUACAACUCGGGUGAAAUUUUGCAUGAUAAGAAUGAAAACAACAUGAGGAAUGAAGUUGCUGAAUCUGAUUAUACCAAGAUGAAUGUGCAAGGGGAGCAGAAUCCAGGUUCUUCAGAGAAUGUUUUGCAAGUUAAAAUAGUUGAUUCUAAAAGUGGAGAAAAUAUUGUGCAAGGUGGAGCUAAUGAAGAUAUGGAUACUUCUGGGGAAGUAAACAUGGAGGCCUCCAUAACACCUGAUGAUGUUAUAAGGGCUGGAGGAUUUGGGGCUAGAGAUGACAUUAGCAGCUUUCUUCCUGUUGCAAGUGACUCAACUGACUUUGAAGCUUCUCUCCGUGAUGCCCGAGACUAUGAAGAACCACAGGGUGAUAUAUACAGACCAGGUCUUGGCUGGACAGAGACUACAAAGUCAGGAUGAUUUCUGUUGUUACCAUAUAUUGAGUUGUUUGGAAUUAACUCCGUUGGUAUACCUGCUUUUAAAACUUUGAGGUAUGUUAAUAAUAUGUCAACAUAUGGUUUGGGCUUAUUUUAUCCAGUAGUACCAUCUUUCUGUUAUGAUUA